AUGCGCUCCAAGGUUUCAGCCGAGAUCGACCGUCUUGUACAAGACGGAGUGCUUUCGUCGAUAAGCAUUUCAGAUUGGGCAACACCGGUGGUGCCGGUAGCAAAAAAGAACGGCGAUAUACGAUUACGAUUGUGCGGCGAUUUCAAGUUGACAGUCAACCCGGCGUCGCACUUGGAACAGUAUCCCCUGCCCAAAGUUGAAGACAUAUUUGCGGCGCUUUCUGGAGGCGAAGUCUUCAGCACUCUGGACCUGCGCAACGCGUACAAUCAGCUGCCGCUGGACGACGAAGCUAGAAAGAUCGCGGUACUCAACACACACAGGGGCCUUUACUGCUACAAUCGCCUAGCAUUUGGAAUUGCUUCAGCCCCCGCCUUGUUCCAGCGACGCAUGGAAUCGAUUUUGCAAGGUUUGCCGAAUGUUCAAGUGUACCUCGACGACAUCAUUGUGGCGGAGAAGGAAAACGACACAUCGGUACUGCGGCAGGUGUUUCAGCGGCUUCGUGAACACAACUUGAAGUUGAACAAAGCCAAGUGCCGGUUUAGGGAAGCACAAGUGUCGUUUCUGGGGCACCGCAUCGAUGCCAAAGGUCUGCAUCCUCUGCAAGAUAACCUCGAGGCGGUACUGGCCGCGCCGAAGCCAACAUCGGUGAAGACGUGGAUUCUUCGUGGUUGGCCAAACCAGCUGGGGCCGGAGCAACAGUGCCUUCAGCCGUACUUCAACCGCACAUACGAACUCACUUCAAAUGGAUUGGCGGAGCGGGCAGUGCGCACCAUUAAGGAAGGUAUCAAGAAAAAUAAGGAUGGAAGUCUGCUCAAUCGUAUUUCCAAGUUCUUGCUACGCUACAGGGCAACACCGACUCGAGAUGGCAAGUCGCCCGCCGAGAUGUUGCUGGGUUUUCAACCCAGGACCCGCCUAAGCGCACAUUUUCCAGAGGAAGAGGUGGCACGGGAUCCCACGCUGGGAGCGUCUUCUCCAAGUCCCAGCAACAAUGAAGCGCUGAGCUUCAUUGAUGACACAGAUGCCGAGUAA